AUGCUUGGCAUAAAUGUCACCUACACGGUCCCUGGAGCUGGAGGGCAGGUUGAAUGCUUAUACUCCGUGGCUGGCUGCUCUGCGCCCGGCAAUUCCUCGGACCGAGGGUGUGGCCCAGAAGGGCCAUCUGUGACGUACCAGCACGUGCAAUUGGAGGCGUGGAUGGGAAACUAUCCCACGUUGUGGGCUCUGUUGCAAAAAUACAAGACCGCACCCAAACUCCUGACCUCCAUGGGAUACGAGGGCUCCGAGAGCAUGUAUUUCACUUCGGCUGUGUUGCACGCUGCUCAUGAGGCUGAAGGUUUGGCUUUGGACUUUUGGACUGGUUGCUCGACCAAGUCUUGGCAGCUACUGCUUCGAUGCAACAUGGAAGCAGCCUUGGCAGCUUGGAACGCGAAGAAGGAGGAGGACGAGGAAGAGAAGGAGGAGCUUCACCUGGCAGGCGUCUUACCGAAAUCUGUGAUUCCAUUGGCCAUUCGUAUCAGCCUUAUGAAAACUGCCCUGUCCUUAUGGUAUGCGCUCCAGACGUGCAUAGAGUUAGCCCUAUAUGAAGAGCAGUCCAUAGCCGGCGAGGCCACCUCCAGUACACAGCUCAAUGAAGUACUGACGCAGUUUAGUUUUGACUUGCCUACAGGGCCCAUUGGCGUUUUGCUCAUUCGACUAAAAGAAAUUGGUUGGAAGAUGGACGUUUAUGCCAUUUUACUCAGUUUGCGGCAAUCUCUGGAUCGCGGUGCUGGCUACGGCUGGGUUUUCUCCGUGGCAGCUUCUGCUACGAAUUUGGUGCGCUUUUUGUUCAUCACAGAGCUGGUAAAGAAUGCCAAGGUUGCAGUGCGAAAGAAUACCUUUAUGUAUGUAUUGCAAGGUGGUGAAUACCUCGGCACUGAUGAGGUGAUGAAUACCUUUCAAACUGGCAACAGCGAGAAAAGGAUGCUCAUUCAGAAACCGCCCAUUAAGGUAGAUCAUGUGAAGAUUUUGGAGAACAUCAUGCAAGGAAUCUCUGAAUUGAAGGCUCAGGACAGAGUUGCUGCGGGGUUCUUUCCGUGGAUGAUCUAUGCAAGGGCUUGGUUCUCUGAUGCACAAGCGGCAUCUACUAUUGUGGAGGAUGUCAUUGGGAUGGAAGAUGGACCUGACGGAUUUAUUGAGGCUCAGGUCCACAGGAGCAAGACAGCCAUCACGUUGGAGAGGAAGACGAGGUAUUUGCCUAUGGCCGGUCGAAUUGUAGGAGUUAUUGCAAGGGACAAGUCUUGGGCUCUUGAGUGGAUGAAGGCCAUCCGUGACUGCAAGCUGCCGGUUGGCUCGGGCAGGCCUUUGUUGCCUGCUCAAACCGAUGCUGGUUGGAGCAGUUUGCCGGUUUCCGCCCACGUCGCAGGCAGAAGGAGCUACUUUGCAGGAAAUCAUUGGGUACAUGGACUGGAAAGUAUGGGCUCGAUGCGAACACCAGAGCCAGGCCGAGUCCAAGAGGAUUUGCAGCAGGUCUUGAACUCGUCCAGCGAGGGUUCUGAAGACCAAGAGGUUGAGAAGUUGAAGGGUGUCACCAUCAAGGGUAUCACGGAACCCUCGGACGGGUUGGUGCCCUCGGAUGGGUUGGUGGACAUCUGUUGCUCGAUUUUUGAUGACAAUCGUCUUCGAUGGGUGGACUGGUCCAAGCGCACAUCCAAGGAGCAGGAGCUCACCGGAGAGAAGAAGGCUGACACGGCAACGGAUGUGCUCAUGCAGCAUGCCUUGAUGCGCAGGGCCCUUGCCUUUGACCAGGCCAAUUUGAUGGAGUUCACCAAGUGCCUGAAUUGGACGGAUAAGUUGAUGAAGGCUCGUUUAGACAAGCCGCCAUCUGGUUUUGAAAGGCCCUCCAACAAGCAACUCAUGGCCGCGGACACCAAAUUGUUCGAGGCCAUGCAUGAGGUGGCGAUGUUGCUUCAGCCACGCCAGUUGUGCAGAGCUGAGGCCACCUAUGACAAGGUGAAGGGCCUUCGUGGAGGUGUCUCCCAUCUUCGACAGGAAAAGGGGAAAGGAAAGCCCAAAUCCAAGAGUUCAAAUGCCUUUGUUCGUAUGCCGCAUGAACUUAUUGGUUGCCACCCCAAGACGUUGAAAGGAUCGGCCAAACUGAAAGCUGCAUGCGCUCAAGCAGGUUUGACGGCGGUUGCAGUGGAUCAGAUCUCGAACCGUCGGUACAGGUCCUAUGGGUUUACCGCUAAAUAUACGACACUGCUAAGUGAGCGUGUGGCUGCAGUGGUGGUUUCAUGUGCUUUGGACAAGGGCUACGUUGCCCCUGCCACUUUGGAUCAGUCGACCCAUUUGCAAUUGAAUGCUUUGGCGGUGCAUCGACAACCUACCAAGUCUAUGCCACCGUACCUGUUUGAGUUUGCCUACGUGACAGGUGUUGGUGACAAAGGCUGUAUUCCGGAACCUGCGGGUGUGUUUUUACCCGAAGCUUCUAUCCCCAACAUGACAGUGGAGCACUUAGAUGAGUUGAGCAGUAUUAUUACGACGCAGUUGUGGGAGAAGAUCAAGGGCUCCAAAUCUGAUCAGGAGGUAUGGGACAUCACCCUGAAGCAAGCGGAGGAGAACGAUUGGCUCGCCAAGCCGAUGAAGUUUGAUGAGCUGGAAGAGUGCUUUGCUGGUGACUGGGUUCCGGCGCGUAGACUUGGGAUACAGCAAUCUGGCAAAACAAGGGUCAUCGAUGAUUUCAGUGAGAACGGCACGAGCUGUGCUUUUGCGUCUCAAGAGAAGAUUGAUUUGAAAGCUCUGGAUCAUGUGGCUUGGUGUGGCGCAACGUUGGCUAAGGCAGCCUUGGUUUCAAGAUCGAUCAUGGCCUUGCUAGGGUUCAAAUGCUCGGUCGAUAAGGAGAUGGAGUUUGAUGAGAAGACGGACAUGCUGGGUGUUUGCGUAGAUACCACUGAGGUCAAAGAUGGAAGGAUUGGUAAGUUGGCCUUGGCCGAGUUGAGGCAGUUGGAGGACAGCAAAGGUAGCGUUUGGGUCUUGGACGAGGAUGCCAGAUGUGAAUUAGAGCUCUUGAGGCCGCAGGGUUGUGUUCUUUGUGGACAAUAUUCCAUCGAUGAGGUCCCUUAUUACGGGUACGUCUAUACUGAGAGACAGUGGUGGAAGCUUUUGCGGAGCAUGGUCAAUGUCCAGCUCGGCUUGACUCUUUUGACCUUCUUGCCGGUGCUCAUGAACGUGGCGGCCCUGAACGGUGAACCUCACCCAUGCUGGGAGGGUCGCUUGCUAGCUUCAGAUACCUUGGCUAGCCUACAAGAUCUGGAUCCACAUCUCCGGGGUCAGACCCCUGCAUCCUGGUCCUCAGGAGACUUCACCAGUGCCAACAAAAUGUGCUCCUUAUUAGUAGCAUCGGCCAGUCAGUGGCAAACUAAAUUUAAGCAGGGACUUGAAGGUCUGGAAAUUGCUGAACUUGGCUUUAAGCCAUACUCCCUGCGGAUGUGGGGGCGCGACAUUCUGGCUUGCCCAUAG